AGUCCUCCACUUUCGAAGCCGAGUCUGGGAAGCCAGUGAGGGUUUAAUGCUAACGUGUAAAUAAUAAUAAUAACAAUAACAACAAUAAUAAUAAUAAAAACAUGCAGUCGUUUUUAAUCAAUGUAGCUUUGCUUUUAAUUGUCUUCUCUUCGCAUUUUCAAGGAGUUUCCGCAGAGGGAGAUGGAAAAGGAUUUGGAGACCACAUCCACUGGAGAAGCCUGGAAGAUGGGAAGAAAGAGGCAGGAGCAAGUGGACUACCGGUGAUGGUCAUCAUACAUAAGACCUGGUGUGGAGCCUGCAAAGCCCUCAAGCCCAAGUUUGCAGAGUCGAAGGAGAUCUCUGAACUGGCUCACAACUUUGUCAUGGUUAACUUGGAGGAUGAAGAAGAGCCAAAAGAUGAUGCCUUCAGCCCUGAUGGAGGUUACAUUCCCAGAAUACUCUUUUUAGACCCCAGCGGUAAAGUCCGUCCUGAGAUCACGAACAAAAACGGAAAUCCAAACUACAAGUUUUUCUACAGCAACGCAGAUCAAGUCGUGGCCAGCAUGAAGGAGGCUCAGGUGAUGUUGACCGGUGACGAGUUCAGGAAGUCGCACCUGGGUGACGAGCUGUGACCAGAACCACAGCAGCGUAGCUCUAGCUCACAGCUGGUCCGCUACACCACUCACUACUGCGCCGUUUAGGUUCAGCCCUAAACGAUCGACACCUCAUUUCAGCCCACGUUCGUACCCACAGACUUCCAGAUCCCUUUCCAUGCUGCAACCAAACUUCCGUUUUGUUUCUUUCUCUUUUCCUUUGUCGUCUGUGUAAAUGGCAUAAGACCAACCAAAGCGGACAGGACAAGCUCUCCGUCCGUCGCUCAAGGGUGCUACAGAACCUUUAUACGCGUCCGAAUACGUCAUCUAUAUCGCACCCAUUUCUUCUAGAUGUUAAUCACAGAGCAAUACACUACACAUCACAGCUCUCUCCUACUCCUGAUUUGUGUUAAAACACUAAACACACCAUGGGAUCAGUGGGAUAACGUUGGCUUAACAAAACCACUUCAUCCACAAAACACCUCAGUGUUCAAAUACUGACUGAUCCCCAAAGCACAGGGAUCUCAGAUCGGUCCUAAACUGCAUUUCUGUAAGCCAAUCUGCAGCAAAUGCUUUUAUAAAGUCUUAAAGGUUUUAUCGGGAGACAGGAAGUGACACAAACGUGUGUUUAAUGUGUUUGCCACACUGUAUUUUUUACAUGGAUGUAUGCAGCCAAGUGUACAAUAAAAGUUGGUACUCGAGUUAACGUCA